AUGGCCGAAGUAGCCCCCCCACCCGUCGCCGUCCCGGAAUCAACAGACAUCAACAUGUCCGACGCCAACCCUCCUGCCGAAAGCGCCGAAGCGUCCACCGCCGAGGGCGAACAAGUCAAGCAAGAAGGCGAUGCGAAGCAAGAAGGGAAAGAGCAAGAAGAGGAAGAGGAAGAAGAUCCAAACAAGAUCCCAGACGAUGCCUGUCCAACGCUGUACUUGCAGAACCUGAAUGAAAAAGUCCGGAUACAAGUGAUGAAGGAGACACUGUCGAAUCUGUUCAAACCAUACAGACCUCUAGGCCCUGUGACGGCACACAGAAACGUGAGGAUGAGGGGCCAAGCGUUUGUGUCGUUUCCGGAUAAAGAGACUGCCAACCAGGCGAGGCGGGAUGUGCACGAGUUUCCUCUAUACGGCAAGCCUAUUCAAAUAAAAUUCGCGAGGACGUUGGCGGAUGCGGUGGUCAAGAAGACGGGGGACGAAAAGGCGUUUGAAGAACAUACCAAGAAGAGAUUAGAAGACAAGAAGCUGAAACGCAAAAACAACCCCCUCCGCCAAAAAGCCCAAUCCAAACUCAAAUCCACCGACCCCGACUCUUCCGCCCCCUCCAACCCCUCCGCCGCCAAAAAACAACGCAUCGCCCAGAUGCCCGACGAAUACCUGCCCCCGAACUCUGUCUUGUUUGUCCAGAAUCUGCCGGAUGGGACGACGGCGGAUGAUUUGAGGGAGGUGUUUGAGGUGCAUCCUGGACUGGUGGAGAUUAGGACGAUUGCGGCGAAGAAGGAUAUUGCGUUUGUAGAGUUUGGGGAUGAAGACUCUGCCACGGUGGCGAAGGAUGCUUUGCAUAAUUUCAAGAUUGAUGGAGAGACCAAGAUGAAGGUCACGUAUGCGAGAAAGUGA